ACUCACCAAACAACUCGUCCCUGAAAUCCCUCAAGAGCUCAGGCACCACUUCCUCUCGCCGCCAUGGACUCUCUUCCUCAGCCGCAAAACCAGUCAUCUCCGGCGAAAAUCCUCCUGGGGAAAUACGAACUCGGUCGCCGUCUCGGCAGCGGAAGCUUCGCCAAAGUCCAUUUGGCUCGCUCCAUCGAAACCAACGAGCUCGUCGCCGUUAAAAUCAUUGACAAGAAGAAGACCAUCGACUCCAACAUGGAGCCGAGAAUAAUCCGUGAGAUCGACGCGAUGCGCCGUCUCCGCGACCAUCCCAACAUCCUCAAGAUCCACGAAGUCAUGGCUACCAAAUCCAAGAUCUACAUCGUCAUGGAACUCGCCUCCGGCGGCGAGCUCUUCUCCAAACUCCUCCGCCGCGGCCGCCUCCCCGAAUCCACAGCGCGUCGCUACUUCCAGCAGCUCGCCUCCGCGCUUCAGUUCUCUCACCGAGACGGCGUGGCUCACCGCGACGUGAAGCCGCAGAAUCUCCUCCUCGACAGGGAAGGGAACCUCAAGGUCUCCGACUUCGGCUUAUCCGCCUUGCCGGAGCAUCUCCAAAACGGAUUGCUCCACACGGCGUGCGGUACGCCGGCUUACACGGCUCCGGAGGUUAUAUCGCGGCGAGGAUACGACGGAGCGAAGGCUGACGCGUGGUCUUGCGGUGUGAUCCUGUUCGUUCUUCUCGUCGGAGAGGUUCCUUUCGACGAUUCGAACAUUGCUUCCAUGUAUCGGAAGAUUCAAAGGCGAGAUUAUAAGUUCCCGAGCUGGAUCUCGAAACAAGCUAAAUCGAUUAUCUAUCAGAUGCUUGAUCCCAAUCCUGUUACGAGGAUGGGGAUAGAGACGGUUAUGAAAACCGCCUGGUUCAAGAAAUCUCUAGAGACUUCUCAAUUCAAUUUCGAAUCCGAACCGGUUUUGGAGAAAUCGAGUUCGAUCACUGCUUUUGAUCUGAUCUCGCUUUCGUCGGGGCUAGAUCUCUCCGGUUUGUUUGAGAGUAAGAAGAAGAGAGAGAGGAGGUUCACGGCGAAGGUUUCAGCCGUGGAGGUGGAGGAGAAAGCGAAGGCGGUUGGGGAGAGAUUAGGUUAUGCAGUGAGGAAGACGAAGAAAGAAGUUGUAUUAGGAAGUGGAAGAACGGCGAUUGCUGUGGAGGCGGUGGAGUUAGCUGUGGGUGUUGUGGUGGUUGAAGUGAAAGUUGUUGACGGAGAAGAAGGUGAGUCACGGUGGUCUGAUUUGAUAACAGAGCUUGAAGUUAUAGUUCUCUCGUGGCACAAUGACGUCAUGUAAAUAUUUUGUGACAUAGUUUUCCUUUUGCUUUUUGUUCCAAUUUUGUGUAAGAAUGACGUCAUAAAGAAUUUCAGAAACUGCUUCUGAAUCUUGUCACCAUCGUUGUACAUGUUGAUCAUACAGUUUGAUGUAUAUACGUCGCCUCUUGUUACACGAUUCAA